AUGUCAAUAAGUAAUUGGCCUAUGGGUGUAACUCAUGAUCAUGUAAUUAUAUGGCUCGAUCAAUAUAUUGGUUUAAAUAAUGCUUGUGUUGAUCUGAAAAAGACAUUAGCCGAUGCUGUAAAUCUCACCACUGAUGAACCUCUUCUGGGACAUGAGAUUGAUAGAUUAAUUUUAAAUGAAAAAAUUUAUCAUUCCACAAGAGAAUUGAUUACCGUUACAACCAUUGAACAAUGUUUACAAUUAAUUAACACAAAUCGUGAUAAAAGAAUAUUUUUAAUUACUUCUGGUUCAUUAGGUCAACAAUUUGUACCUGAUGUAUUAAAUACUUUUUCAUGUUUGAAAAAAAUUUUUAUUUUUUGUCAAGAGAUUCGUGAACAUGUGAAUUGGGCAAUUGAAUUUACUGAUAAUUUACUUAUGUUUGAUUUUCCUAAUGAUUUAUUGGCACGUGUCGUAUAUGAUAUUGGUAUGUACUACAUGCAACGAGCAAUAGAUUUUAGAAAUUCAAAUGAUCAUAUGAGCGCAUUAUAUUGUCUGUAUUAUAGUAAAAAAUUAGUCAUACGAGCAAAUCGUAUUUUUCAACCAUUUGUAUGGUUCAGUUUGAAUGCAAUCGAAGAAUACAUUACCAGGGAAGAAAAUUUAUUACCUCGAAAUUUGGUACAACAUAUACUCAAUAAUAUUUAA